UGACAUAAGCUCACCGGUUCUGAUAAUCUUAUCGGUCUACAAAUAUAUAAAAUAUACAAAAUUUCAUUGAUAAGACAGAUAAGGAUAGUGAUUUCCAUUUCAAAAUACCAAUCAUUAGUUGUCUUUUCUUAUCAUUAAUUGUUCAUCAUAGCGCACAGUUACAUUUUAUAAUUGUCGAUGCGGACGUUUAUUAAUAUAGUUCUACUAAUUUUAACGGAUUUAAUAGUAUUUUCUUUAACUGACAACAUGGGUGAUAAAGCUGUGACUUCGGCUAUCGCGCAAUUCUCGGCAAGGUUUUGCAAUGAACUUGACAAAAGUACAAGUGUGGUUUCCUCUCCAUUGUCAGCAGAAUUUGUGUUAGCUCUUCUUGCUUUGGGCACAACAGAUCCUGCUCAUGAAGAAUUGUUAACAACCCUGGGGAUUACCAAUGAUGAUGCUGUUCGUUCCUCAUUUUCUGCGGUAUCAUCAAAUUUAAGAUCUGUCAAAGGCGUGACAUUGAAUGUAGCUAAUAAGGUGUAUUUAAUGGAAGGAAAUUAUGAUCUGAAUGAACAACUGAAAGAAGAUGCAGUUAAAGUGUUUGAUGCCUCCUUUGAAAAGGUUGACUUUAGUAAUGGUGCUGCUGCUGCGGAAAUCAUCAAUAAAUGGGUUGAGAGCAAAACAAAUGACAAAAUUAAAGAUCUUAUUUCAAGUGACAGCUUAAACAGUGACAGCCGACUUGUGCUGGUUAACGCUCUUUAUUUUAAGGGUACAUGGAAAAAACAGUUUGAUCCGUCCAAUACAUUGGACCAACCAUUCAAUGUGGACAUGGAGAAAACUGUAAUGGUACCAAUGAUGUACUUGGAAGACAACUUCACGUAUGGAGAAAGCCAAGAAUUAGGAGCACAGUUAUUGAAAAUGCAUUAUGUUGGCGAAAAAGCGAGUAUGCUUAUUGUAUUGCCGAAUGAAAUCAAUGGACUUGACGGCGUGCUGAAGAAACUGGCCGACGGCUACGACUUGAUGGCUGAAGUUGACAAUAUGUUCAACACUAAAGUACAAGUCACCAUACCAAAGUUCAAGAUCGAAACUGAGAUUGAUUUGUGUGAUUUACUGCCAAAGCUUGGCAUCAAAGCAAUCUUCGACAGUGCCAAUUCAGGCCUUACUAAGGUGUUGAAUACUGAUGAAAAAUUAUACGUAUCAAAAGCAGUACAGAAAGCUUUCAUUGAAGUCAACGAAGAGGGCGCUGAAGCGGCAGCUGCUACCGGCAUGGUGAUGAUGAUGAGGUGCGCGCGGCCCCCCGCCCCCCGCUUCCGCGCAGACCGGCCCUUCCUCUACGCGCUGCUCGACUCGCAGAGUAACUUCCUCUUCGUAGGAUCUUACCGCGCACCGGCAUAAGUAACAAUUCUCCAGAAAUUUAUUGCAAUCAAGUCAAACUGUUUGUAAUCUGCUUGCAUAUUUAUCACGUAUUACGUUUGUCGUGUCGUGUCUGUGUCUGAGAAAUCUUGCAAUUUUUUGCUACUUCUACGAUUGCUUGCGCUUUAUAUGUAUUAUUUAAUAAUUUCAUGAUCACUCAGUAUCGAGUUAUAUAAAUCACAUACAAUUUUAUGAAUUUUGGUCAUAUCAUAAUCAAAUUUUCCCUCAUAUUCAAGUUAAUUUCAAAAUAAAAAGUCUAACUUUUAUUUAAUAUCUAUGGGCAGCCGUAUUAUUAUCUAUUUCGGCGUAUUAAGAUUGCCUAUUGCAAACGAUUGCCACCUUAUGAUACAUAAAUAUAAAAAAAAUUAAAAUUCAAGGACUUAUUACUUUUGUUAAGGGUAGGUAAGGUAGUUAUGGCCACCUGUUAAAUCAUCAGUUUCAUUUUGUUGAAUUUCUUGUUUGUGGAUCCGUGUACUGACCCAAAGUGCUUGUAUUACAGCAAUGGGCAUCAUGCUUUGCUCCGCGAUGAUCGGGGAGCCCCCUGUGCCGCGCUUCGACGCUGACAGGCCCUUCCUAACUGUCAUACUUG